CGCGCGGGGUGGGGCGAGGCGGGCCGAGGGGCCCGGUGGCUCCCGCCCUCGAGAGUGGUGGCGGCAGCGGCGCCCGGGAGCUGCCCUGAGGCCGCCCCCGGCCCCCGCCCGCGCGUCAGCGCGCCCAGCCCGGGGCUCCGAGCUCCGCCCGCGCCCGAGGCCCCUGCGUACAGCUCCGGGCGGGCCACCGGCGGGUCGCGGCGGCGCGGGGGCGGCAGGCGGUAGGCGACCGCAGAGCGGCGCUGCCCGGGCAGGGCGCGCACGGCGGGCGCCCCGCGAGCCGCCCCGAUGUGGCAGGAGGCGAUGCGGCGGCGCCGCUACCUGCGGGACCGCGCCGAGGCGGCGGCGGCAGCGGCGGCGGGAGGCGGAGAGGGGCUGCAGCGGUCCCGGGACUGGCUCUACGAGUCCUACUACUGCAUGAGCCAGCAGCACCCGCUCAUCGUCUUCCUGCUGCUCAUCGUCAUGGGCGCCUGCCUCGCCCUGCUAGCCGUCUUCUUCGCGCUCGGGCUGGAGGUGGAAGACCAUGUGGCAUUUUUAAUAACGGUUCCCACUGCCCUGGCCAUUUUCUUUGCCAUAUUCAUUCUUGUCUGCAUAGAGUCUGUGUUCAAGAAGCUACUCCGUGUGUUUUCGCUGGUGAUUUGGAUAUGUCUGGUUGCCAUGGGAUACCUGUUCAUGUGCUUCGGAGGGACUGUGUCUGCCUGGGACCAGGUGUCAUUCUUCCUCUUCAUCAUCUUUGUGGUAUAUACCAUGCUUCCCUUCAACAUGCGAGAUGCCAUCAUUGCCAGCAUCCUCACAUCUUCAUCUCAUACGAUAGUGCUGAGCGUCUACCUGUCUGCAACACCAGGGGCCAAGGAGCACCUGUUCUGGCAGAUACUGGCCAAUGUGAUCAUUUUCAUUUGUGGGAACUUGGCGGGAGCCUACCACAAGCACCUCAUGGAGCUUGCCUUGCAGCAAACCUAUCGGGACACGUGUAAUUGCAUCAAGUCCCGGAUCAAGCUGGAAUUUGAAAAACGGCAGCAGGAACGGCUCCUGCUCUCCUUGCUGCCAGCUCACAUCGCCAUGGAGAUGAAAGCUGAAAUCAUUCAGAGGCUGCAGGGCCCCAAAGCAGGACAGAUGGAAAACACAAACAACUUCCACAAUCUGUAUGUCAAACGACACACCAACGUGAGCAUAUUAUACGCUGACAUUGUUGGCUUCACCCGCCUUGCAAGCGAUUGCUCCCCUGGCGAACUGGUCCACAUGCUGAAUGAACUCUUUGGGAAGUUUGAUCAAAUAGCAAAGGAGAAUGAAUGCAUGAGAAUUAAAAUUUUAGGAGACUGCUAUUACUGUGUUUCCGGGCUCCCUAUAUCACUCCCUAACCAUGCCAAGAACUGUGUGAAAAUGGGAUUGGAUAUGUGCGAAGCCAUAAAGAAAGUGAGGGAUGCUACCGGAGUUGAUAUCAACAUGCGUGUAGGAGUGCAUUCUGGGAACGUUCUCUGUGGUGUGAUUGGUCUCCAGAAGUGGCAGUAUGAUGUGUGGUCUCAUGAUGUUACUCUGGCAAACCACAUGGAAGCUGGAGGAGUCCCUGGGCGUGUUCACAUUUCUUCAGUCACUCUGGAGCACUUGAAUGGGGCUUAUAAAGUGGAGGAAGGAGAUGGUGAGAUAAGAGACCCAUAUUUAAAGCAGCACUUGGUGAAAACCUACUUUGUAAUCAAUCCCAAGGGAGAGCGACGGAGUCCUCAGCAUCUCUUCAGACCUCGACACACUCUGGACGGAGCCAAGAUGAGAGCAUCUGUCCGCAUGACCCGGUACUUGGAGUCCUGGGGAGCAGCCAAGCCAUUCGCACAUCUGCACCACAGAGAUAGCAUGACCACAGAGAAUGGGAAGAUUAGUACCACGGAUGUGCCAAUGGGUCAACAUAAUUUUCAAAAUCGCACCUUAAGAACUAAGUCACAGAAGAAGAGAUUUGAAGAAGAACUGAAUGAAAGGAUGAUCCAAGCAAUUGAUGGGAUCAAUGCACAGAAGCAAUGGCUCAAGUCAGAAGACAUUCAAAGAAUCUCCCUGCUUUUCUAUAACAAGAAUAUAGAGAAAGAAUACCGAGCUACUGCACUGCCAGCAUUCAAGUACUACGUGACCUGUGCCUGCCUCAUCUUUCUCUGCAUCUUCAUUGUACAGAUACUUGUAUUGCCAAAAACGUCCAUCCUUGGCUUCUCCUUUGGAGCUGCAUUUCUCUCCCUCAUCUUCAUCCUCUUUGUCUGCUUCGCUGGACAGCUUUUGCAAUGCAGCAAAAAGGCCUCCACCUCUCUCAUGUGGCUUUUGAAAUCAUCAGGCAUCAUCGCCAACCGCCCAUGGCCACGGAUCUCCCUCACAAUCGUCACCACGGCUAUCAUACUAACCAUGGCUGUGUUCAACAUGUUUUUCCUGAGCAACUCUGAGGAGACAACCCUUCCCACUGCCAAUACAUCAAAUGCAAACGUUUCUGUCCCGGAUAACCAGGCGUCGAUUCUUCAUGCUCGAAACUUGUUUUUCCUCCCGUACUUCAUAUACAGCUGCAUCCUGGGCUUGAUCUCCUGCUCCGUUUUCCUGAGGGUGAACUAUGAGUUAAAAAUGUUAAUCAUGAUGGUGGCACUCGUGGGCUACAACACCAUUCUACUCCACACCCAUGCCCAUGUUCUGGAUGCGUACAGCCAGGUCCUGUUUCAGAGAAUGCUGUCCAGUCCUGCUGCCUGGAGAGUGAACAUCUUCAAAUCCCAGAACACGAAAUGCCCUUCCAGGAGGGAACUGGCUAAGAGAUGAGUAGCCAAGGCAGGCCUUCUGCAGGAGCCAGUGUGCUGCUGCAGUCCCCCUGGCUGUGUCUCUUUCUAAUCCAAUCUUAGACAUCAUAUCCUCAUCCCAUACUCAUUCCACAUUUGCUUGUGCACACUGACUUGAUAUCACAGCUUGGCUAUGAGAACAGCAUCCUUCCCCUCCAACCAGGCUUCUGGGUUUGUUCUUCAGGAUUCUUGAGUGUUUUCAUGGGUCUCACUCCCAUUCCAGCCUUCACUCUGAGGGUAUGCCAAAAAAACAGAGUAUCUCCUGGCAUGUUUCCAUCCUGAAAAUAAAGGUUGAUAUUUUCAUCCUCAAUAAAUGAGCAUAGAUUUUGAUUUAUUUCUCUCUCUCUCUCUCUCUCUCUCUCUCUCUCUCUCUCUCUCUCAUGCAUGUGUGCGUGCAUACACACACACACACACAUGUACACACACAUACACACACAGGGGAAGGGAGAGGGAAACAGAGAUAGAGAGUGUUCAGAGCUUAAAUUCUCUCAAAUCAAGCAAAACAGACCAAAGAAGGCUGUUGUGCCUACAACAAUGCCUGGCCUGUUCUUAGUAAUGAAUAAAUGAAAUACAAUCAAGAUGCAUUCCAAACAAUAUAAAGCCUACAAACACUAGUAAUAAUGAAGUCCCCCCCCCACCCCUGGCUAUUUCUUGCCUCUUCAGCUCCUCAAAGUCAGGUCACUCAAGAGAGCAUGGAGAAAAGCCAUCUCUAUUUCAAGACAGUGCCAACAAAUGAAUGCACUUUGCAUGGUAUGUGGCUAGGCAGCAUGGUUUUUCAUGGCUUGGUAAGUAGCCUCUCCUAAGCCAAAUUUGACAUUGAACAUGGUAAGUACAGUGGGAAGCCAAGGUCUGUAUGAGACAGCCCAAAUUGAUGGAGUCUUCCCCUUUUCUUCUGAGUUCUCUUUUUCCAAGAAAGCUACCAAAGAAAGCAGAAGUCUGCAAUAGAGAAGCUUCAGAUCAUUAAAUAAUUCAUAAAAUGACAUCAAAGGUGUCAUUACCAAUUCAUGAAUGCAGCAAGAUGUUUCAGAAGGAAAAUAAGACUACAUGGGGUGAGCACGCUGUUCACAGUCCAUUUGUGACUGUUCACUGUCAUCCCAGCAACAUGUGCCUCUUCUGUCUCACCUCAUGGUGAAGUAUGUGUUUGGAAUGUGGAGGAGUUAUUCCCAUAUCUCUGAGAUUGUUCAACAGCCUUGCAUAUUGUCUGCAAGGAUGUAGCCAUACUAAUUCCUAAACAAGACCCUGGGCACUUUCUCCCACAAUUCUUAGCCAGUGCUGCUGGGCCAUUAAGUGUUUAUUCUUCAAGACGACAUCAGGGCACUGACAGCUGAGGGAAGUACUUUUGCCUCUGUACCUCCCAUGAUGAAGGCUGACUGCAAAAUCUACAAAGUAACAAUGGAUUUCUUAUGAGCAUCUUCUCUUGAAGAUUAACAAGUCUCAAGAUGCAAAGGUUAUCAUCUCAUGUGAUGUGCACCAGGUACUAGGUAACCCCACUGGAAGGCCAGAUGUGUCUCUUUAUUUUUGAAGAGGCAUAAAGGAUGAGGAGUUCCAAGAGAGGAGCUAUGAGGGAGUUCUAUAGACUCAGCCACUGUAGUGAACAGAGUGGAGUAAAAUAAAUGCUUUAAGGGUGGCACAGCAGAUGAAUGCAUAAUCAGCAGACACAUCCAUAGCUUAGCAUCUUCCAUAAGUUUGGACUGUGAUCCUUAGUAGGUUCACCUUCCCAACUUUAGCAUCAGCUCCUUCUCCCAGAUACUGGUGUAGGGGCUCAAAGCAGCAAGCAUCACUAAGAGACAAGAGUCUAGACCCUCCAGGUGGAAUGUCUCUGUUUCCCUCUUCUUUUCUCCAUCUCCUGAGAACCUCAGUGUCUACAAGAUGUCAAACUGUGAUAUGUUUUGUGAGCUAGUGGCAGUCAAGAGAAAGAAUUGAGGACUUCAUAGUUCAGAAGAAGCAGGGAGACCCACACAUCUGCCUCCUCUGUAGAUAGUGGUGGGUGUUCCAAACACCUACAAUCUAUUUGAAGUCAUCUUUCUUUUCAUUAGAACAUAUUCUAAUUAUCCAUUCUCUCAUAAUAUGGCCAAGUUAAUUUUGCAAUUGUUUUAAAUUACUUUGAAAUUUGAUAUCUCAACCUCCCCAGUCUUGCCUAUUUCUCCAUCUUCUUCCAAAGGUAAGGAACAUAUGCUGUGCUGUCUAAUGCCCUCCACCAACAGUAUAGGGAGGAAAUCCUAGCUGUCCAAACUGCCACACCUUCCUUCUGUAGGAUGAAGCCAUCUUUUCCCACUUGAAGCAGAGCACAUCUAGGUUUGGACUGACCUGGAAAAACAUUCUAUUUUCACCCUUGUUUUGAGUGAAUGAUAGGGAACCAAGUUUGUUCCCACAUAGUCUACAGAAUAGAAUUGUGAGGGUCCACUCUUCAGAUUGGAUGCUGAGUUCAUGCACAGCCCAUGGCAUCAGAUCCUCAUUGCAUACAUCUGCCUUCCACUUAGCAUCUAGUCUCUACACAGAGAACCUAGAACUGCACUGGUUGGGGUGUAUCAUUAUCUCUAGAACUAUGCACUGCCAGUGCCUCCCCAGUCAAGUUUUUAUCCCUUUUGACCUCUCCAAGCAUGUCUUAUUACCUUGGUCCAGUUGGUAGUGGCAUAAUAUUUUUGUCACCCUGAAAGGUUCUCAAGUCUUGAGCCACCUGACCUCUAGAAAACAUUAGGGACUUGUCAUCACUCAUAGGGAAUGCUGCAGCCCUAGACAAACCAUUGUCAUUAUGCCUUCUACUGACCAUUGGCACACCUAGGUAAAGUCACUGUGUGACUCAGGAUGAGGAAUAGCCUCCAAAAGGGGCAGUCUCAGUCAUACGUAACCAGGGUACAGGGUACAGGUAACUGUCCCUGAGACAGUUGUCCAGCACUGUAAAGGACUAUCACAUGCAUCUUCCAGUUCCUCAUUCCUUACAUCUAGAUGACAUGAAGGUGCUCCAACAGGGCACAGGUUGUCUCUUUUUUCAUUUGAGUCCAGCAUGUUUUCUGGGCUGCAUUUGGUUCUGGGUAGUGUUGACUUCUGACACUGUCAUUUGCUUCAUGGCCGGUACAGAGCAAGGGGCAGUAAACAGAGUGUUGCCCUCAUGACUUCAAUGUGCAAAGCUGUUGUUUUUGCCUACUUUGGCAUUGAAGCUUCCUGAGAAUUCAAAAGCCUUUUGUUACCAAAGCCCAAUAGGUAUGUCCUAAUGCAAUGGUAUAGGAAAGAGAGAGCCAAUAGACUAAAUGCCAACUGAUAAGUCAGCUGGGAACCCUGAAUGCUAUGUGGGUAGGUGAUGGGCAGAAGCAUUAUCUCUUUGCUGUUGCUGCUUCAUGUGUGUGUGUGUGUGUGUGUGUGUGUGUGUGUGUGUGUGUGUGUGUGUGUGUGUGUGUGUGUGCGUGUGUGUGUGUGUGUGUGUGUGCACAUGAGUGUGUGUUGCUGGACAGAAAUGUAGGACCUUGUAGUUGCUAAACUCUCUACCACUGAGCUACACCCCUGGCCCACUGGCCUCUUCUUUAUGAGCCAUAGGCUCCUGAUUAAGGACCUAGGGAGAAGACCUCUGAGUUAUCCCAGACACAAUGACCUGAGAAUACACUAUCUCAGCUUGUGUGUAGUUCAUAGAACAACAGAAAUUGGGUUCCUUACAGGUAUUUUUUAAAUAGAUUAUGUCAUCUAAGAAAAUGUUUUAAAAUGACAUAUUAUUUAUUCUUAUGUGCAUGAGUAGUUCGCUUGCAUAUAUGUAUGUUCUGUGUAUGAACCUAGUACCUGUGGAGGCCAGAAGAAGGUGUCAGAAAUAUCCUUCUGAGCUGCUGUGUGGGAGCCAGGAACUGUACCUAGGUCCUCUACAAGAGCAGUACAUGCUCUUGACUGCUGAGCCAUCUCUCUAGCCUCCCAGAUAUGAAGUUUUUGAAGUAAUGAUGCUAAGUAGUUUCUCAGUGUAACCUUUCUCAGUCCAGCUGUGCUUGAGCCAAGCUUCUGAUGUCCCUCAAAGGUCACAAAGAUCAACCUUAGACAAGUGGCUCUGAGUUUGUGUCUCAAAUGAAUGAAAAUCAAAGACAAGGACUCUUCUGCAGUGGAAAUAACCUUUAUUAAGUAGAAUUACAGAAAAAUGAGAAAUUGAGGGAAAGUGAGAGGAACUUCCCAGAGUUCAAGAAUUUCCAAGAGAGGAAGAACCAUUGAACUCCUUGGUCUAUGCAUUUGAUACCCACCCAGAUAAGGGUGGCUGAAGCCUGGGUCUGUCCACCUCUGAUUUGUGCUGUUAGCGGUUUCCUUGACUAUUGACUAUCUGCCAUCAUGUGACUAGUGUCACAACCCUCCAACGUUAUAGGUGUCUCAAGUGCUGCCAAUUGUACCAGCUCCCUUUGUUCUCAUACAUACAAGAUUAACUCAUUGCUGGACCAUGUCAGAGAGUUAACACCAAGAUGUAGCUACAGUCUUUCUUGGUUGCCUCCGAUCCUUGUCUAUGGGGUGGCCUCAUAAGCAGGAACUUCUAGCUAGAACCAGCUUUACAAUUUAAUCUGUUACAAUUAGCUGCAUUAGAAGCUAGAAUAUAAAGACAGGAAUGUCUUACGUAUGUCAUCAGGGAUUUUGGGUAGAAGUACAUAGUCAGCUGUGUUCACACACCCCACAGCUAUAUCCCUUCUCUUAGCAGCUUCUAGUCCCUGUCAUGUUAACCCUUAAUCGUCCCUCUAACUCCAACCUCUGUUUUCAGUACAACAUCCAGGUGCAGCUUCACUCUUCAGCAAGGGCGUUUUUCUCUGAAUAUGGAGGCAGCAUCUCUUACAUCUGUGAAAUAAUGUGUAUGUCCAUAUACCCAGAUUACAUUUUCUCCCCAGAGUAAUGAGAGUUUCCUACAUACCUCAUCAAAGCAGUUUGCUUUCAGGAUAGAGACUGGUUCACUAAAGGAUUCCUUCAUGUCUCUCACCGCAUUUUUCAGGGGAUUUUGUUCAUUUGGAUUCCUGAGUUCUGAGGAUCAGAAUGAUUGCUAAUUAGCAGUUUCAAGUAAAUGGUCAUAUAGCUGCAUAUAGUAUAUGAUAUCAGACAUGUGUGGGCUUAGUACUUAUGAGUAUAAAGUACUUACAAGUCUACUUAUGGAUAGAAAGAAAGCACACAUCACCGAUCCAUUAGAAAUCACUGUUAUAAAUGUUUCCAGUUAUACUGGCUGUAUCUUCUGGCUUCACAAUUCAGUAAUGUUGCUACCCAACACCCUGCCACCAAACUAGAAUAAAUCAAAAAAGCUUUAUCUUCAUGGGGUGUGUGUGUGUGUGUGUGUGUGUGUGUGUGUGUGUGUGUGUGUGUGAAAGAGAGAGAGAGAAACAAUGAGUUGAGUUUGAACUAUCAUUUUAUAUAAAUAGCUGAACCCAUUCAAUGAUUCAAAUUAUGACACUGCCCCCCAAAAAAUACAAUGAAAUUUUAAUUUCAAGGACCUCAUAAUGUGAGCUUAUGAGGAAACAACACAGCCACAGAUAAAAUUAAAUUAGAAUGAGAUCAAACAAGAGGAAGGUGGCCUCUAGCCCAGAAUGACUGUAGUCCUCUAAGAUCACAUGUGAAGAGAGAGACACACAAGUGCUUGAGGUCACCCAGUGAUGAUGUAUUCAGACCCUUGGGUGACAACAUACAUCACCAAAUCCAAGGUGGCUGCCAGAAGCUGGGAAGAGAUGAAGAAGAGCCUCAGUCUCAAAGGUCACCUUGGCUUCCUAGUCAGAGCCUCCAGAACUCUGCAAGAAUGCAUUUCCGUAGUUUGGAGCUGCUCAGUGAUGGUGCCUGGGCUGCAGUUGUAACAGAAAACUGACAGAGUGAGCGAAGCAGAGGCCUGAACUGUUGGGAGUAUAUCUGGGACUCUAUUUUCUCUACGCCCUUCCUGCCCACCCCAUCUACACACUCUCGACCAGCAGAGUAACCCAAGAAUGGAUCUCUAUGUGAUUUCGGAUUUCAGUGGUCCCAGCA